AAUGACCGAUGGGAUGAUGCAUGAUGAGUUCACUGUUUUACCAAGAAAUUGAACUAUUGCACUGUCAUUCUGCCGGCUGCCUGAUGUUUCUAGAAGUAGUUCAGUCGGUACAAAUAGCAGUAGUAAACAGAUUCUUUAGGAAGGAUUGUUAAUUUCACAUUCUGUGAUUUCUAGUAUAUUUUAGACUGUAAGAAUUGUCGAAAACGUACACAGAAAUACUCGUCUGAGUGAUUGUUUAUGAUUGUGGAUAGGCGGAACAACGUAACUCGAAUACAAUACUGUAGUAUAGUGUAACUUCAGCAUUGUCGUUUUUGCCAUCAUGGAGUUUCCAAAACUUGGAGAACAGUGUUUCGUAAAAACGUGUAAGCAAUUAGAUUUCCUGCCAAUGAAGUGUGAUGCAUGUUCAAGAAUAUUGUGCAAAGACCACAUUCAGUAUUCCCAACACCAGUGUGAUUCUGCUUACAAAAAGGACGUACAAGUGCCUGUGUGUCCCCUCUGCAACAAACCGAUCCCUGUCAAGAGAGGGGAACCACCAGAUAUCAGAGUGUCUCAGCACAUUGACAGCGACUGCCAGUCAGAUCCGGCCAAAGAGAAGAGGAAAGUGUUCUCCAAUAAAUGUUCCCUGAAGGGCUGCAAACAGAAAGAGCUUGUGCCAGUUCUAUGUUCUUCCUGUCAGAAGAAUUACUGUCUUCGUCAUCGGCACACGACAGACCAUGAUUGUAAGGGCUUUCAAGGGAGUGGACGCACUGUUGCAAAUCCAGGUAUGGCAGCUUUGAACAGAGCAGCACAGCGUGGGGCUAGCUCUACAGGCCGAUCUACGGUGCCCCAAAAGGCCACAUCUAGUAGGAAUGUGGACAGACCGAGUCAUCACACACCCCCAAGGUUUCAACAAGGUUCAGCACAGCUCACAACAAAUCUACAAGCUGGUCUGUCUGAAGAUGAAGCCAUGAGACGUGCAAUUCAGAUGUCAUUAAGUGAACAGCAGGCUCAGGACCCAAGCAGUAAACAAGAUCAAGAUCAGGAGGCAUCAGAUCUAGCGUUAGCUCGAGCACUGCAGGAGAGUGAAAGGGAGGAGCAACAAAGGAGACGACAGCAGGAGCAACCACGUGCGCGACAGCAGCAGAGUUCUGACGCAAGCAAGUGCCGAAUUGCAUAGCCUGGUGCCGUACAUUGCUACAGAUUCAAAGGACGAAAUAUAUAUCACUCAGUGGACUAGUUUUACUUAAAUCUUCAGUAGUUUUAUUGAAGUCUUCACAAUCACAAGUCAUUCACAAGCAUAGAGGUGUAUUAAAUUACGAGAGCCCUGAAUCGAUGUACAAAGUGAUGCCUGCUGUGCGCAUCCAUGUUUGUGCACAAACCCAUGGAAAACUAGAAAUUUUGUACGGCUAUUUGCAUAUCUGCAUUUGUAUUAUAUACAUGUGCGUUAUCAAAGCUGAUACAUCCAAAACCAAAACGCACAAUCAGUAAGAGCAUUUCAUUUUGAUCUGUUCAAACAACGCAAACUCGUGCGCAUAUCCGCUGCAGAUGAUUUUUGCCGUGACAUUUUUUAACCUUCGUGGGCAUGGCGCGCUUAAGUUGUUUGCGUAUGUUGUUCUUGCGUGUUGGAUUUAGGGUACACUUUCAAAAUUCACUUAAUCUAAUUUCAUUAUGUUCCACAAACACGCACAUGAAUUCAAAACAUCUGCAAGCAGGAAGGAUUCAACGUAUCUCCGGGCGUAAGAGUGUUAGUGCUCUAGUAAUUUAAUAUAGCUAUGUGGUCACUAGUCAUCAAGUCAAAUGACAAGGUAUUUAACCUUUGAUCUGACCUCUAGAUUAGACUUGUGACUGACUUUGUCUCUGCAAGGUUUUACAGUCUCGGUUGAAUAGUUUUGUACCUUCCAAAUGAGACCAAAAGGAUCGAGGGGAUUUUCAAAUUAUUCUUCUUGCAUUCAGUUAUCUGGAAGCUGAGGUGAAAUAAGACAAUUUUCCUUCAUUACGACCAAACAUAAACACUUCAAACACAGUAUGAAGUGUACACUUCAGACAAUGUUAUUAUUAUUUAUUUACUAUGAUGAUAAUUAUAAAUUCUUAUUGUUAUUAUUAUUUAUUGAUUGGUAAUGAAACCAUGGAAUCCUCAAAAGCGCCCCAGGCAUGGCAGCUCGCAAGCCAGGAAAAAAACGUAGAGAGAAAACAAUGAGAAGAAAUUACAGUUUUAGAGGUGGGAGGAAAAAAACAUAAAAACAUGCUGGGACUGAAAACCCAAUCCACAAGUUGGCCCAGGCGGGAUUCGAACCCCGGUCACAGCAGUGGAAGUAGAAGGAAAGAACCGCUACACCAACCUGAACAAAGGUGUGAAAAUGAAGUUUGAAUUGGCCAUCUUAAGACAAAAAGAGUGAAACAAGCAGGCAAAAGUUGAAGAAAUGCUUGGAUAUCCACUCCCUAUCACAAACCAACAUGGCUGUUUGAAUUCUGUGGCCUCUCACUGCCUUACGGGCACAUAAAUAUUUUACCUCAAAGGCAUUUUAUAGAAAAGCUGUAAUUGUGGAUUUUUCUUUUAUUUAAUCAUUGCAGAAAUAUUUUUGUUAUUUUUAAAAACUUGUUGUCAAUGUGACAUUGUAAAAUUCGUUAUCAAACUUAAUGUGAUAAUUGAAAUUACCUUUUGCUAGUUAUCCCCAAGUAUCGCCAUUUUCUUGUUUAUUUUCCAUUUAUAAAUGUGUGCAAAAUAAAGAAUAUAUGUGUGAAUAACUGUAAUAAAAAAAAUCAAGGAUCGAAAAUUGA